AUGGCCACAGCUUUGCAACAGCAGUUGGCGCAAAUCGCCAAAAAGUCGACCGACCAACUCGAUCUCAAAGCGCAGCGCGCACAGCACAGCAAGUCAUUGCUCUUUGACCCCCGCGUCGCCGCCAACCAGACCUUUGAGACCAUCUACCAAAUAUGUGCCGAGGCCUUCCAGGAAUUGUGCUUGCUCGAUGCUCGCUUUGCGCCCUUCGCCGCCAACCUUUUCAGCGAACAGUCAAAGUCAGAGGAGCGUAUCAACCUGACAAAGAAGGAAAAUGAGGACCUGGACCAGGUCAUCGACAGUUUCUUGGGCCUCGUCAGCUCUAGGCUGCUGCUACGGCCAGGUCUCAAGGCUGUCGAGUGGCUUGUCCGUCGUUUCCGUGUGCACGAAUACAACACCGAAUCCCUCGUGCUUGCUUUCCUCCCAUACCACGCGAACCCCGUCUUCCCCACCAUGCUAUCUAUACUUCCCAAGACGCUUCCACCGACCUUGAAGUUCCUACAACCCUACAUUUCCAGCUUGUCAUGUCCUCCUAGCCAAGCUCUGGUGUACGCCGCUGUGAACAAUCCUUCGUUCUUUACUGCCUUCAACACUUAUGUCGUCCGGACUGCCAACUUGGGCCACCACUCUGUCAUGGUUCUGCAAUUCUGGGCUGGUGUCAUGACUCCUGCUAUCAAUGGUAUGCUCGACGCUGCCAUGUCGGGUCGCGCUGAUGUCCGCAGUCAGCGUCAGGAGGACUUAUUGCUUCGCGUUGUUCCCGUACUUCAGCAGACACUGCGCAUCAAGAACGUCCCGGAGCUUUUCCUGGGAUCAUGCAUGAUCAUUUGCGUUCUCGUCUCCAAGACUCAACUCGAUGACAAAGUCCUGGAUAGUCUCAUGGAUGCGGUAUCUCGAGGCUGGGCUUCACAGACCAUAGACCAAGGAUUAUCAACUGUUGCCAUCAUCGCCGAAGAACGUCAAUCAUUGAAAUUCACGCGUCCGGUCACAAGAGCGCUUUUGAAAGUACCUGCUCUAGAAGCUCGUAUACUUGAUCUGCAGACAAAACAACACACUGGAAGACUUCUUACCGGUCUUGCCAUGACUUCACUCGACGAGGCUUCGGGCCCAGAGGCAUUUGAUCUGAUUGAGAACGCUGUCACCUCGCACAUUCCUACUCUUCCUCAGAAAGCUGCCAUUAUUCAGCUUCUACUUUCUGCUGUUUCGGACCUGCAGACCUCAUCGGAAGCUGCUGCUUCUCAGGAAAGGCUUGGUCGCAUCUUCUCAGCUCUUUGCCAGUCACCUUCCACGCUGCCACUAGUGCAAGCUGAGGCUGCUCGGCUUCACCUCAGUCUCGAGUCUCUUGAGGUCCAGCUACAGAUUUCACUGGCUCCGAAUGAAAUGCUGGCAUUACCAUCAGUCGAUGCUGAUACCGAGAUGAUCGAUGGACCUGCGACUGCCCAAGCCGACCAGCUAGACGAAGCUUUCUCCUUACUGCCCCAAAGUCUGCCAAAGGAUUAUUCCUUCGUUGCCAACGCCGAUGUUUCUCCCUUCGACACUUUUGCUCGUGUUUUCCUGAUCUUGCUUCAACAGAACAAGGAUUUGGAUCAACUCCUCGGCAAGCCAGUACUUCAUGGCGCAGAUGCUGUAUCUUCACCAACUUACCUGACUUUCUUGGCGAGAAUCUGGACAAGCAGUUAUCCUAUCAUUGCACGUGUCUCUGCUCUUCGUUCGGCCACUGCACUUUUACAGGCUCACUCUUCCGCAGCUAUUGAUAUGCAGGCGUUAACGCCGUUCGUACUUGUGGCUUUGGCUGAUGCUUCGGAAGCUGUACGCAAGACAGCUGCUGCUCUGCUUAUUGCUAUCACGACUCUCUAUCAUCCCGACGCAGCAAAGGGCAAGGUCAAUGAUUCAAUCAAGUCAUGGGCAGCUCAAAGCAUUUACGCAACAUCUUCUCACAAGUCAUCUUUGACUGGUCCUAAUGCUCACAAGGUUCUUUCUGAUGCCCUCGUUCCCAGCCUGGAAGAGUGUGUCCUUGACCCUAGCCAGAUUGCACGUGUGCUUGCCAGUGCUCUCAAUGGUCCGACUCAAGCGCAACCUGGUCAUCCAUUUGCUGCUUCAGUAGAGUUGAAGUCAACCUUGAGGGCAUCUUUUGCCUCGUGGCUUUGUGAGCACGCUGCCGCAGUGCCUUUGGCUUCUGUCAAGCUUCGACUUCUUUCUUUCCUCAGUCCUGUUGGCAAGGCUGCUUCUACAGGCCGCGUGCAAACCCUUGUUCCAUCACUUCAAAGCUGGAUCCAGUCCGACUUGCAAGUCCGAUCCGCUUCAUGCGCUUCAGCCCAUGUUGAUGUGGCAAGUGUGGAUAAGGCCUAUGUUGACUGUCUAACGAGUCGAACUUCCGAGGAGUUGACUUGCUUAAGAACACUUGCAAAUGGAGAGCUGGGACAAAGCGCUUCUUUGUCCACACUAGCAAUUCAAAGGUUCAGAGCUUUGUGGCCUACCAUGAAACCAAUCGCACAGACAUCUGCCGCUGCGUUCCUUCUUGAUCUUGCUCUUGCCGAUCAAUCGGACGACCAAUCUGAAGCCAGACAAUCAGAAGCCACCGAUCUUCUUCGCCAAGUGACGAUGCCCACCGAAGUCCUCUCGUCCUUGUUGGAGUCAGUGCCUAGCAUCGCACAGAUGGAAGACAAGCCUCCUGCUUCCAAGCGCAGAAGAACAAGCAGAUCUGAAUUGGCGAAGUCACAAAGCAUAAACGUAGCGGAUCUACACAAUGUCAUUCGUAGACUAACUCUUGUGCUGGAAUUGAUCGAGGGUUCUCAUCCUGAGAGACACCCUGAAUUGCUUAAGAGCCUUUUCCACGUUCUGAGCGAGCUCCAGCACUACAGGACGCAACUUGGUUCAAACCUAGUCUAUCUGCAGCAACUGGUCAUUGGCUGUCUCUUCUCAAUCGUUGACUCGCUCAAACAGAAUCCUGCCAUCAAGGUUGACCGCUCUGUGUUGAGAGCAGACCUCAUUGUCGAGUGUGUUCGCACCAGUACCAACGCGCAGAUUCACAAUGCUGCUCUGCUGCUCAUUUCAAGUCUGGCAAGCUGGGCUCCUGACUUGGUGUUGCACAGUGUGAUGCCAAUCUUCACAUUCAUGAGCAACACUUUGCUGCGACAAAGUGACGAUUACUCGGCUCACGUCAUCGACCAGACUGUAUCUCGAGUUGUCCCCCCUCUUGUCGCUUCCCUUCGCAAGAAGAAUCAAGACCUGGUUACAGGAGCUGCUGAGCUCCUACUCAGCUUUACUGCUGCUUUCGAGCAUAUCCCUCUCCAUCGUCGCCUGCGACUCUUCAGCCAUCUUGUCAAUGCUCUGGGUCCUCAAGAUUUCCUGCCUGCUAUUACUGCGAUGCUCUUCGACAAAUAUCCGACGGACAAGCGGGUACCCACUUUCUCUGCUGAGCUCAUGGGAUCGUUCUCUCCCGAGGUCCAACUCAUCGCUGCAUCUCAAUACAUCGAUCUUGUCACGAACGCUCUGCAACCCAAGUCAGUCGUGUCUGAAGCAAUCUUCGGAUUCAGUGAUAAGACACCAGAGCAGGUUGAGCAAUCGGUGGCACACCUUCUGCGUUCUUUGGGACUUCUUCUACAACAACGCUCGCUCCAUGUGCAGAUCCUCAAGGCUCUUGACAAGGAUGAGCGUGCACACGGAGGACUUCAGUCUGCUGCCGCCGACAUAUUGCAGAAGAUCAUGCAGUUCUCUUCUUCCAAAUCCAUUCAAGACAAGCCUGACUUGCAGUCUGCUUCGAACGAUGUUUUGACAGCGGCCCUGAGCCUUCUGCCAACGCCCUAUUUCGUUCGUACUGCUGAUGAACUUUUGCAAAGACCCGAACAAGAUCUUCGACUUAUGGUCCUGCGUUCACUCGAGCAGCGCGGUCGUGAGGCUAGACUCGCCGACGCUGCAGCUGCACGCGCUAUGCUUUCCGUGCUGCCGAGCGUGACUGGUGUCAUUGGUCAGGAAAACUCUGUUGAACUGGUGCACAGUGCUGUCACAUGCAUUGAUGUCGUCUCAGAGAAGUUUGGCAAAAAGGAUAUUGAGAAGAUCAUGUCUGCUGCUCGUGUGGUAGCCUCCAAGCACGCACUUGGCAGUCAGAAUAAUGAACUCCGCAUUAUCUCGCUGCUCUGUCUGGCCACCAUGGUCGAGGUUCUGAAGGAUGAUCUGGUCGACAUCCUGCCACAGAUCCUCGCCACCUCGUAUGCCUACUUUGAGGAUGCCACCAAGACAGAGUCCGGCAAUGCUCGCCUGCACAAUGCUGUUUACUCUUUUCUGACAAACGUCAUCGAGUACAUUUCCUGGAUGUUCUCAGCUGAUACUCUUGACAAAGCUUUGCUGCUUACACAACAAUCAGCUUGUAGCGAAAUCACAGACAUCCGAACUUCGAGCAGUCGUCCACAGUUCACUAGCCUACUCUCACAAAAGCUCGAUGCCAGGACCAUAUUGGCAGCCCUGGAGCGUACAUUCGAUAAUGCGGUCAAUCUCGGCCACCUAGCUUGCCAGGAGGCUCUCACGACUCUUCAUACAGUGAUCAAGACACAUCCCAAAUCAGCCCUGAUCAAAAAUGCCUCGAUCUUGUUUUCGAUUCUCAACAAAUCCUUCGACCUUCGUCGUUUGCUCUCUCAGCAGCCGACAUCCCCCGACAGUCAACAGCUUGCUGCAAUGGAAGCACAGAGAGACAAUCUGUCCCUCGAUGCUAUCAUGAGGCUGAAUGACACUACGUUCAGACCGUUCUUCACCCGUCUCGUGUCUUGGGCAGGCGAGGGACUUCCCAAGAAGGAACAGGCUGGCCGUACCCUUCGUCUAAUCAGUGUUUAUGGAUUCCUAGCUAGGUUCUUUGAGACUUUGAAGUCUAUCGUGACUGGUUACUCUGCAUACAUCUUGGAGCAGGCCGCAUCUAUUCUUCAAAGUGUCAAACCAGAGGGAGAGUCUGAGAAGCUUCUCGUUAAGGCUUUGCUCCAAACACUGAUUGCCAGCUUCAACAAUGACCAAGACGACUUCUGGCAAAACCCGACGCACUUCGGUGCCAUAAUGCAACCUUUGUUAGAUCAAGUGACUUUCGCCAAUGAGCCGGAAACCAGAGAGUUGCUUGACAUUGUCUCUGCUGUCACUGGGCUGGCAGGAGCCGCAGCAUCGCCUGAGCACCACAAAACUCUCAACUCGGCAAUUCUCAAACUUAUGAGACACGACAACGAAUUGACAAGGCUUGCAGCAGUCAAGUGCGAACAGUCUUUGACCGAGAAGCUUGGAGAAGACUGGCUUGCUCUCCUCCCUGAGAUGCUGCCAUUCAUCAGCGAGCUGCAAGAGGAUGAUGACGAGGAUGUUGAGAGAGAGACGACAGCCUGGAUUCGCCAAAUGGAAGGCAGCCUUGGUGAAAGUCUCGAGGGCAUGUUGCAAUAA